ACUGUUCGUCAUGGGUUUCCAUUUCAACCAACAGCUCUGGCUUUUGAUCCCAUCCAGAGGUUAUUAGCAAUUGGAACCAGAAGUGGAUCAUUAAGGAUUCUAGGAAGACCUGGAGUUGAUUGUCAUGUCCAACAUGUACUUGACACAGCAGUGAUCCAACUUUUAUUUCUUGUAAAUGAGGGUGCUCUGAUCAGUGUUUGUUCGGACGACAGUUUACACUUGUGGAAUUUGCGACAAAAAAGACCUGAAAUUGUUCAUUCUUUGAAAUUUCAGAAAGAAAGGAUCACAUGUUGUCAUCUACCAUUUCAGAGCAGGUGGCUGUACAUAGGUACAGAACGAGGCAACAUUCAUGUGGUGAACGUUGAAUCAUUUAUUCUCUCUGGCUAUGUCAUCAACUGGAACAAAACCAUUGAAUUGUAA